AUGAGGUCACGGCUUGUCGAGGUGCAGAAUAGCGGGUUGCAGACUCCGCCGGCUACACCCCAUCGAACCGCUCGGUCGACAACAAGACAGUCCAGCUGGACGCCACCAACCGAUGAUGUUGCCAACACGACUUUCUGCGAGUUCCCCACAGUUCGACAGAGUGCCCCGCAGACACAACCUGAGAUGCUUAGAGAGUGGAUUCCCCUCCAGCACAACUACCUCCGAUCGUUGUACGCCCACUACAAGCCUCCCGCGCUCAGUGCCGAGGGGAGCUAUAUGUGCUCGAGCUGCAACAGUGGCGGCGGCGUAUGGAAGUGCAUGUCGUGCAUUGGUUAUCCAACUUUCUGCCCAACCUGCUGUCUCGCCGAGCACCGGCGGACACCAUUCCACCGGGUUGAGCAGUGGAACCUCGGAGGAUACUGGGAGCCCUCAUGGCUGCGUCAAGUUGGAGUUUCAAUCACUCUCGGCCACCGGGGCAGAGAAUGCCCCCAGCCGGCGGUUGUCGUGGAGGAUGACGAGGAAGUGGAGAUGGACCGGGCGACCGAUCGCGCGGCCGACGAUGAUGGCGACGUACCAGCGGACCCUCUUCACCACGCCGAUUCACCUCCGCGUCCCCCGCCCGCAAUGAUGACUAUUGUUGACACCACCGGGGUGCAUUUCCUCCCGGUGACGUGGUGCGGCUGUCCCGACGCCGGUGACCAUACAUCGCAGCUUCUCGAUGCCGGGUUGUAUCCGGCGAGCCAGCGCAAGGCUCGUACGUGCUUCACCUUUGGGGCACUUGACGGUUUCCUGCUGGACAACCUGGAGUGUAAGACUACCGCCAUGAAUUACUACGCACGGAUUCGACGGGCCACCAAUCCGGCUUUUCCCCAUGAAGUACCGGAUCGAUACCUUGAGCUGCUUAGAGUGAGCCGCGAAUGGGCGUUGCUCCAGGCAAAGAAACAGUUUGGAUACGGGCCGCAAUGGCGAGAGGCCCCGGGCAACGGAGACCUUGCUCACUUUUGCCCGGCAUGUCCGCAGCCCGGAGUGAACAUACCCGCGGACUGGGAGGUGGAUGAUAGGAAGUACCUAUAUGCCCGAGGAUAUGUCAUGGAUGGGAACUUCCACGCCGAGCAAAUGAAAAUGCGCAAGCCCGAGAACGACGUACCGUUGAUGCCGGGGAAAAUGUUCAUGGUUCAUCCCGGCCCAUACGAGGAGCACCUGAGAGUAGCGAAGGACGUGAAGAUGCACUCAAGCUGCAACGACCACAAGGCGGUCUCCCAGGCCAACGCCGACCGGCAUAAGCUCGCUGUCACCGGGAUCGGCGCAACAUCUUGUUUGAGGCACGGGUGCUUCCUUCCGCACUCGGUAGUGAACUAUCAGAAGGGCGAACGUCAGAUGAACAUGGACUACUCCCUGUCCAAUGCUCUCGGCUACCGCUCGAGAGGUAUUGGGCACGUCUAUGUAUCAUACGACAUCAUGUGCCAGUACCACGUCCAUCUCCAUGACCGAUUUGACGACAAUCCUUAUCUUCAAAUGCCGGGGGCCUCGUCCUAUACAAGUGCAUUGGCCUCUUUCACAUUCACGGGGGCCGGGGAGGCUGACGGCGAGAUCAUCGAAACCCAAUGGUCGGGGAUCAAUCCCGUGUCGGGUAGUACCCGCUCAAUGUCAACAUCCCACCGGCAGGAAACCCUCGACCGGCACAUGAACAAUUGGAAUUGGAAGAAGAUGAUCACCAUGGUGGCUUCGCUGAGAAGAAAAAUCAAAGCCAAUCGGCCACUGCUGGCCGACAUGAAGGCCGACCUCACCGCGAAGGAGGCCAGUGUCGAUGCCGAGAUUUUGGGAGAGUGGAGAAGGGAACUCAGGAUAGUACAACGACGAAGGCUUCGGGAUGUGAAGGUAAUGGACAGGUAUCAAGCGAAGAAACAAAUUAUGCCUUCGCGGCUCGAACUUCAGAUUAAGCUGGCAGAAGAAGAGGGUGACGGCGGGGACCGCGUUGGCACAGCGGACUGGAUUGCCGAUGGCCUUAAGCUUAAAGAGCAACAACUCGCAAUCCAGAAAGACAUAAAGCAAAUGGGGGCCAUUGUGACGGGGGCUCAAGAGUUAAAGCUGGCCAAACGGAGGAAGCCUCUCGAGAGUCAGAUCCGGCGGUUCCACCGGCGAGCGGCUGCAAUUCACCGAAGGCAUGACUGGGGCGUGGCAGAGGAGGAAGCAGUGGAUGACGACUCGGCUGCGGAGUGGGAAGAAGAUCCCAACGAUCCCCCAGCACAUGCCGACAAUCCAUGGUCCAUCUUUCCCAGUAAACCGCCCGCACCAUACCCAGUGAAGGCGGCGGAACAUACGAAACUCGGGCUACCUUCGAAUUUCACGCGGAAUGCUCUAACCGCCAAUGGAUUGCAACGUUUGGCCGCGCACGAGCUCACUCUGCGGCGCGGACAAGCAAAUGAUGCCUUGCAGCAGCUUCGGAUUCUCAUCGGUAAGAAAUCGUUUGAGUUCCAGACAACCAUUCGGCACGGGAGGAAAGAUGGCAACAAGAAGCGCACCCGAUCCUUCACCAAGUUGGGUAAACUCGACCGAGCUGUACAGCUUCAAGCCGCAAUCUAUCGCCGGGCCCGAGCGGCGAUGCAAGUGCUCGGCCUGUCUGCAGAGGAUCAAGCUAAAUAUCAGCAGCUCACCCCAGAUGAUCUAAAGACAGUAACUGCAAUUGCCGAGCCCAACAAGGCCGGCCAACGGCACAAAUCCCCCUCGUGGAUAUGGAAUGUUAACGUCGGUGGCGACAUACGGAGCAAUGACGAGUUGGGAAUCAUUCACAGGGUACAGUGGUUCCAUGCCCGUUCAAAGGUUGACAGAUUGGAGGAAGAAGCCGCCAUAUUGCGCAGGGAGCUUGACUCCGUGUGCCGAUACUUUGACCACGAAGCAUGCCGGUGGCGAGAAUUAGCGACCAAUAACACCGAUGCCGAGUACCCUGGAUUUUCCCAGCACUGCCGAGCACAAGCGGCACUGUUCGAUCGCCUGCGUGAAGAUGCGAAAGUGGCAUGGCGGGAUCUGUACCUGGAGCCAAAUCUCAUGGCUUGA